AGGGGUUUGUGGGAGGUUAUCAUCUCAGCAUGCUCAAACUCUUUGGUUGUUUACUGGUUAUGAACGGCUCAGCUGUUCUUUGUAAACCUUCUAAAGUUAAUGAAAUUCCGGGUCGUUGUUAAAGUCAGUCUCGUCGUGGGUUAAAUAGUGAUAACUCGAAAGCACCGGGGGAACUUUUCGCGAUUUUAACCAGGUGAAAGUUCGGUUCGGUUUUAUAACCAGGUGAAAGUUCGGUUCUGCCUGGGCGAAUUAACCGAAGGUCAAAGUUCAGGGCAGCUGGGAGCUAACGUUUUAUGAACAGUCGAAUCUGACAGACGGUUUUUUAGGGUUCGGUUCCGGCUGUCGUGAGGACCAUGGCGAAUCCACUAAGGGGAGAAGUGGUUCAGCUUUACAAGAAUCUCCUCUACCUCGGGCGGGAGUACCCCAAAGGUGGCGACUACUUCAGAGAUCGUCUGCGAUCUGCAUUUUCAAAAAACAAAUCGGUCCAGGACCAGGAGCAGAUCAAGGCUCUGAUUGCUCGAGGGGAGUUUGUGGCUCGAGAGCUGGAGGCGCUUUACUUCCUGAGGAAAUACCGAGCCAUGAAAAAACGCUACUAUGAGGAGUGAUGCUCGGCGGAGACUCUGACAUUUAAAAAAAAAAUCUUCUUUAUUGUGUUCAACAAGCCUGAUAGCAGCAGUUGUUCCUGAAGAGUCAGGUAAUUACCCGAAAAAUAAAAACAAAAACACGAAUCCUUUAGUUGUUCCAUGUCAGAUUCCUGUUUGUGUUGAGGGGACGAAAGAAGACCCAUCAGCCAGGUUGGCCCGACAGAUUGGACAGGUGGUGUUAUCCUGUUGGGUGGAGGGCAAAAAAGAAAAGGACAGAGGUCUUACUUUAAAUAAAAAAUCUCCAUGUUUCACUCUAACUGCUGGCAUGUUUGUGAGUUUUGCAAUCUGAGAACUUGACAUCAAGAAAAACAUCCCAGACAUCCCAGAAACUGAUGGAUAUUUUGCUUUUCUAAAACACUGUUGUGAGAUUCUGUCCGAAAAAAACAAACUCUUGUGUGUUCUUGUGACCCCAACAGCUUAAGCACAAAAAUCUUAAAAUAAAACAGCUUAUCAACUUUGAA